AUGUCGACUAAGGCACUAGAAGCUCGUCUCGAGCACCUAUCUGUCAAAGAUGAGAACGAGUCUGGGAACAACCAGGGCAGUUAUCCGAAGCAUAAGAGCUCUCUGUCAACAGCGAUGUCCCUUUCAGGACUUGGGACUGCAGCACAUUUGACAAGUGGGUCAAAUAGGUCAAACCUGUUAAAACUGGCACUACAAAACACCAAUGACAAUAAGGUGAACGCAAUGAAUGCUAGCUCUUCCCCUCCAAAGGGGGUCACCAUAUCACAACGCAAUAUAGAUGAAAAUGGCGAUCAGCGUCACCCCACACUUUACGAGCAGCCAGCACCAAAAAAGCUACACCUUGGAAUGUUCGAGAUUGGUAAGCCUUUGGGAAAAGGAAAGUUUGGCCGAGUUUAUCUGGCCAAGGAGCGAUCUUCAGGCUUUGUAUGUGCACUCAAAGUCCUUCAUAAGUCUGAACUUCAACAAGGUGGAGUGCAGAAGCAAGUCAGGCGUGAGAUUGAAAUACAAAGCAACCUACGCCAUCCUAAUGUUCUGAGACUAUAUGGCCACUUCCAUGACAGCAAGCGGAUUUUCUUGAUCUUGGAGUUCGCCGGUCGGGGUGAAUUAUAUAAACACCUUCGCAAAGAACAUCGGUUUCCCGAGUGGAAGGCUGCCCAGUAUAUCGCUCAAAUGGCUGCUGCUUUGAAAUAUUUACACAAGAAACAUGUCAUGCACCGCGAUAUCAAGCCCGAAAAUAUUCUUGUUGGGAUCCACGGCGAAAUAAAAAUUAGCGAUUUUGGCUGGAGUGUCCACGCGCCUAAUAACAGGAGACAGACAAUGUGUGGCACAUUGGAUUACCUCCCCCCUGAGAUGCUCAAGCCAGGAACCCAAGACAGCUAUUACAAUGAGAAAGUUGACUUGUGGAGCUUGGGCGUGUUGACCUACGAAUUUUUGGUUGGAGAAGCACCUUUUGAAGAUACCCCAGUCAUGACCCAGAGACGGAUUGCUCGAGCAGACAUGGCGGUGCCUUCAUUUGUGAGCCCAGAAGCUAAGGAUUUGAUUAAACGACUUCUAGUACUCGAGCCAGAGAAACGAAUUUCUCUUGACGAAAUACAGCGGCAUGCCUGGAUUUUGAAACAUUGUGUCAAAGAUGAGAAAAUUUUGAAGCGGAGUUCAGGGUUAUCGAAAGAGGGUAAAGUUUGA